AGACCACCACCAUCACCAUUAGAGUGCAGUGCAGGAGGUUCCUCCGCGAGCAGAGCAGCAAUCGUUGAUUCACAAUCCAUGGGGUCACGGAGGGGAAGGCCGCAGCAUCCUCCUCCUCCUCCUGCUGCCGGCGAGGGACCGCGCCCACCCAGAGCCGGCCGCGGCCCAUUCCCUCACCACACGCCGCCGCCGCAAGGACGAGGGCGCGGAUUCACCGCCGCCCCGCCGCACCACCCAACACACGAUGCGCCCGCAGGCAGAGGCAGAGGCAGAGGCAGGGGCACUGGCGCGGCGCGCGGGGCCGGCCCCUCCUCCGCUGCUCCCGCCGCAGGGCCCUUGACCCGCCUGGCUCCCGACCUGCGCCAAGCAAUCGAACAACCUUGCCCGCCGGCGCCGGCAGCUCCUUCACAGCCCCCGCCUACGCCGUCCGAGCGACUGCCGGCGCAGGCUGUAGAGGCCGCGAUCCCGGCGUCCAGCAAGGCGAUCCGGUUCCCGCUCCGGCCGGGCAAGGGCAGCGCCGGCACCAGGUGCAUGGUCAAGGCCAACCAUUUCAUCGCCCAGCUGCCGGACAAGGACCUCCACCACUACGAUGUUUCCAUCACCCCGGAGGUCACGUCGCGCGUCGUCAGCCGGGCGGUGAUCAACGAGCUGGUGAACCAGCACAGGGCGGCCUAUCUCGGCGGGAGGCUGCCGGCGUACGACGGCAGGAAGAGCCUCUACACGGCAGGCCCGUUGCCGUUCGCUUCCAAAGAGUUCCAGAUCACCCUGCUCGACGACGACGGCGGCUCCGGCACCCAAAGGCGACAGAGGAAUUUUAAGGUGGUCAUUAAGUUCGCCGCACGAGCCGACCUUCAUCGCCUCGGGAUGUUUUUGGCCGGGAGGCACACAGAAGCUCCUCAGGAGGCGUUGCAGGUUCUUGACAUUGUGCUGCGGGAACUGCCCUCUGCAAGAUAUGCGCCAUUUGGACGAUCCUUCUUUUCGCCUGACCUGGGCAGGAGGCAGCCCCUUGGCGACGGAUUAGAGAGCUGGCGCGGGUUUUACCAGAGCAUUCGGCCUACUCAGAUGGGCUUGUCACUCAAUAUUGAUAUGUCAGCGACUGCUUUCAUUGAGCCAUUGCCUGUAAUAGACUAUGCCGCGCAGCUGCUGCGGUCUGACAUCCAAUCGAGGCCCCUCUCAGAUGCUGAACGUGUUAAGAUCAAGAAGGCCCUGAGAGGAGUAAAGGUGGAAGUUACUCAUCGUGGCAACAUGCGAAGGAAGUACCGGAUAUCUGGUCUGACAACUCAAGCAACUCGAGAGCUAACUUUUCCUGUUGACAAAGGGGGCACAGUAAAGUCAGUUGUACAAUACUUUCAGGAGACAUAUGGCUUUGCCAUCCAGCACACGUACCUCCCUUGCCUGCAAGUUGGCAAUCAGCAGCGUCCCAAUUACUUGCCUAUGGAGGUCUGCAAAAUAGUGGAAGGACAGAGGUACUCCAAGAGAUUAAAUCAGAAUCAGAUAAGAGCACUCUUGGAUGAGACAUGUCAGUACCCACGUGAUCGGGAGCGUGAUAUAACCCAGAUGGUCAAACACAAUGCUUAUCAGGAGGAUCCUUAUGCGAAAGAGUUCGGCAUUAAGAUUAGUGAUCGUCUGGCUUCAGUAGAUGCACGGAUUUUACCGGCCCCACGGCUUAAGUACAACGAGACUGGUAGAGAAAAGGAUUGUUUACCUAGAGUUGGUCAGUGGAAUAUGAUGAACAAGAAAAUGGUAAAUGGUGGCAAAGUCAGAAGCUGGAUGUGCGUCAAUUUUGCCCGUAACGUGCCAGACAAGCUUGCUCGUGAUUUCUGCCAUCAACUUGCUCAGAUGUGCCAAGACUCGGGAAUGGACUUCGCUCUGGAGCCUGUUCUUCCACCUAUGAGUGUACGUCCGGAUCAAGUGGAGCGAGCUCUCAAAGCUCGGUACCAUGAGGCAAUGAACAUUCUUGGACCCCAGCGCCGGGAGCUCGAUUUGCUUAUUGGAAUCCUUCCUGAUAACAACGGCUCACUUUAUGGUGAUCUGAAGCGCGUGUGUGAAAUAGAUCUCGGAAUAGUUUCGCAAUGCUGUUGCACGAAGCAGGUGUUCAAAUUGAACAAGCAAAUUUAUGCAAAUAUUGCACUGAAGAUAAACGUCAAGGUGGGGGGCAGGAACACUGUGCUGGUGGAUGCAUUGUCGAGGCGUAUUCCUCUGGUCACCGACAGACCUACAAUCAUAUUUGGUGCUGAUGUGACCCAUCCUCAUCCUGGUGAGGACAGCAGUCCGUCUAUUGCUGCUGUUGUAGCCUCCCAAGAUUGGCCCGAGGUUACGAGGUACGCGGGGUUAGUUUCUGCUCAGGCCCACCGGCAAGAGCUGAUAGAGGAUUUGUACAAGGUCCGGCAAGAUCCACAGAAAGGACCAGUCAGUAGUGGCAUGAUUAGGGAGCUACUUAUAUCCUUUAAGAAAUCAACCGGUGAGAAGCCCCAGCGGAUAAUAUUCUACAGGGAUGGCGUUAGCGAGGGCCAAUUUUACCAAGUUCUGUUGUUUGAACUCAAUGCGAUCCGAAAAGCCUGUGCCUCCCUGGAGGCAAACUACCAACCAAAGGUGACUUUCGUUGUGGUUCAGAAACGCCACCACACUAGACUAUUUGCGCACAACCACAAUGAUAAGAACUCGAUGGACAGGAGUGGGAACAUACUCCCAGGUACCGUUGUGGACACGAAGAUCUGUCAUCCCACUGAAUUUGACUUCUACUUGUGCAGUCAUGCUGGCAUCAAGGGCACCAGCCGUCCCGCUCAUUACCACGUCUUGUGGGACGAGAACAACUUCACGGCUGAUGGAUUGCAGACUCUUACCAACAACCUAUGCUACACCUAUGCGAGGUGCACCCGUUCGGUGUCAAUAGUUCCACCUGCAUACUAUGCUCAUCUGGCCGCCUUCCGUGCCCGGUUCUACAUGGAGCCAGAGAGCUCUGACAGCGGCUCUAUGGCAAGUGGGCCCGGUGGCCGUGGACCGACGUCCGGCUCGUCGGCGCCACGUGGUACUCGGCCCCCUGGCGGUGCAGCUGUUAAGCCCCUUCCAGCAAUGAAGGACAGUGUGAAGAACGUCAUGUUCUACUGCUGAAGCCCGUGAAGGGCAAUCUUAAUAUGCUCCUUAAGUCGGCGUGUCAGCUUCUUGUCCUUGUAAUUAUGUGAAGAGAGUAGUAAUAAUCUGCCAGUGGCUAUGUCGUGCGCCGUACUAUGCUGACCUAUGUUUGCUUAAGUACCAUCUAUUUGUGUACUUUGUUAUGUUGUAAACGUUGAAUCUCGAAUACUUUUAAGGGUCUGGAGCUUGAAAAUCUGAGCAUUCAAGCGACGGCUUGCGCUA